AUGGGAAUAGGUUUAAUUUUUCCUUUUUUCCUUCUCGGAUUCAAUCUUGGGUUCACUGAAGCAGCCCAAAUGGUUUUUCCAAGUAAUGAAACGCUAGCGAUGAAGGCAAUGAACUUACAUAUCUACUUGACUGCAUUAGGUGCCACAAUCGUUAUGGCCGCAGUUGUGCUCUAUGGUUUCUUGAAAGCGGCAGUGUUAUAUACCAACAAGAAAAAAUUGGCAAAGAUUGAAUGGAGAGUUCUGGGGGCAACAGAUUGCCGUUAUGUGGAAUAUUUGUGUGAUAUAAUGCAGAACACAGACCGUCACAGUAGAGGAGCUUUCAAAUCAGGAUUCACAUCAUCUGGAGCAACGACAAGAACUGGUGCAACUACAACUGGAGGAACAACUGCAGGAAUGUCAAGCACAGGCUUCACAAAACGGACAAAGGGAGGAACUACUGCGUAUACUUCAAAGGGUGCUACUGCGUACACGACAAAAGGAACCACGGGCUACAGCACCAAAGGAGGUUCAACAACCAGAACUGGUAAAACACGAUCCUCCAAAAGUGUGUUCUAA